CAGUGAGCGUGACAAGAGUGUGUAUGUGCGUGUAUGCGUGUGUGUGUGAUCCACAUCAACAAACAAGCGACACUUAAAGAGCGCGCAGGAAAAAAUGGUCACAUUUCUCAGGCUUCUGAAAACGUGCCGGGCGUCUUAUUGAUGAGCGGGGAGGGUUCAAACCACUUUACUCUGAUGCUGCUUUCAUAGUGACUGUAUAGAGAUAGCUCAAUGCGACGGGGACCGAGAGAAACCCCCAACACAGCCUGACAUCCCAGAGUGACGCUUUAGAGGCAGCAGACCUGCGGAGACCCACCUGGAUCAUCCGGGAUCUGCUUUUCUUUGUGCGCCUUUCUCGCUUUUUCCUGGGGGUUGAACCUCAUGCGUCGUGAACACUCCGUUCACUGUAAGCUUUGGGAUCCUCUUCAGGCACCUUUGAGGUUCAUGACUCUUUCACCUGUUUCAACCAAACUCUUGAGAAGCAAGUAGCGGCAGAACGUGCAGCAGUGAACGCGCAAUUUUUACGCAAAGAACAGAAACCACUGAGGAACAUGGACAACAGUCCUGGUGGAGGUGUUAUCUUGUACGCCGGCUCAUCUGGAAGUGCCAGUCCGAGUCCUGGCAGCCCCUCAAGUGGAUACCAGACCCAGUCGCCGUCCUCCCACUCGCAGCCCUCAUCUCCAGAGGGUGUUGCCUUUCAGGAGAUCGGAGCCCUGAAACAUAGCGGCGAACAUCAGGGAGGAUCCAUCUCCCCAAAAAUGGUUUUUCAGUUUCCUGAAGUAAGCAGUGCUCAAGUUGCUCAGAUAACAACGGUAUCAUCGUCAACCUACAACCACCCAACAGUGGCUAAAAGGUCCUGUGGUUUCACCGGCACAUUCACCAAGACUGGAGGUAUGGUGCUUUUGUGUAAGGUGUGUGGGGACAUCGCCUCCGGCUUUCAUUAUGGUGUUCAUGCCUGUGAAGGCUGCAAGGGUUUUUUCAGACGGAGCAUUCAGCAGAACAUCCACUAUAAGAUGUGCGUGAAGAAUGAAAACUGUCUCAUCAUGCGCAUGAACCGGAACCGGUGCCAACACUGUCGCUUCAAGAAGUGCCUCUCCGUGGGAAUGUCCAGAGAUGCUGUCCGUUUUGGGCGAAUUCCCAAACGGGAGAAGCAAAGACUCCUGGAUGAGAUGCAGAGCUACAUGAAUAGCCUGAGUGAGUCAUCCUCUGUGGAGAUGGAGGUGUCCCCUAACAGCGAUGCCCCCAGCAGCCCACAGAACCAGGCCAACAAUGGAGCUGGAUCCAUUUUGCCGUCUUACAGCAGCGACGAGAAGCCCAUCAAGAUGGCUGCUGGUAACAGCAACCUCAGUCCUCCUCAUCAAUGUUUCCAGAACUCCACGGUGCAGGAAACCAACCGUUCAAACGCACCAAUUCAGGUGAAGCAGGCCAACCUGCCAACAAACUACCACGUCCCUACCAAUGUCACCAUGGUGCCCUGCAGCAAUGGAAGCUCUACCAAUGCCAAUGUGGACAAUUACAUUUUCACCUCCAAUCACAAUCAAUGCCCCAUGAACAGAAACCAAUCGCCCCACACCUAUGCCACCAGUCAGAACAGCUUCCCUGCCAGUGACUUCCAAAACCAAAACUCCUGUCCCUGGAAGCUAAACGGAGGAGCCAAAGUACUGGCAUGUCCUCUGAAUUCCUGUCCCGUUGCUCCCGCCAGCCGCUCCAGCCAGGAGGUGUGGGAGUCCUUCUCACAGUGCUUCACUCCUGCCGUUAAAGAAGUGGUGGAGUUUGCAAAGAGCAUACCGGGCUUCCAAAACCUCAGCCAGCAUGAUCAGGUCAUGCUGCUUAAAUCCGGCACCUUCCAGGUUCUUAUGGUCAGGUUCUGUUCACUGUUUGACCCCAAGGAGAGGACAGUAACCUUUCUCAAUGGACAGACGUACUCACUAGCAUCACUGAGGGCUCUUGGAAUGGGCUCUCUACUUGACGCCAUGUUUGACUUCAGCGAGAAGUUGGGAUCUUUGGGUUUGGAGCCAGAUGAGAUGGCCCUUUUCAUGGCUGUUGUGCUGGUGUCUGCAGACCGUUCAGGUAUUGCAGAGGUGGCAGCAGUGGAGCAGCUGCAGGAGAAUCUCAUAAAAGCCCUACGCUCUCUCAUCAGCAGCCGGAGGCCUGAGGACAGCACCCUCUUCCCAAAGCUGCUGCUGCGUCUGCCGGACCUGCGCACCCUGAACAACCAACAUUCAGACAAGCUUCUAGCCUUCCGCAUUGACCCCUGAUUUGAGAAUACUAAGUGAGGAAUCGUUCAGCACGCUGACCUAUGGAUGACAGUCCAUCGUUGCGGGCGCCGUUUUAAGCCUGAAUGCUGGCAGAUCGGGACAAUAUCAGAACUUGGGCACAGAAAGAUGAGCCUAGAGACGGGGUCUCCAGAACUGAAAGACUUUCCUCCAGUUGCUUCCAUUUGGACCGCUCAAAAGGUUUUAUUUGUAUUUUUUGACUGUCCAAUCACCCCCACCUUUUCCUGCCAGAGUUUGAAUGAACCAACUUCGCAGAAGACCAAAAAAACAAAAUAAGAGAAGGCCUGUCGUUCCUCACUGGACUUUGUCCCCUCAUUCCAGCCCGCAAAGCUAACCAGAAGGAAGCACAAACUCAUCCAAAAUCAGAAGAACAAUUACUAUUAAAGACUUUCUACUGUAAAUUCUUGCUGCAAAUGUAAAUGCACCUUUUAUACACUGAGAAACCUCUUAAAUCUAUAUAAAGUGUAUUCAGCAAUAGUCAUUUCUAACAUGUCUAACAGCAGUUUGUGUUUGCCCUGAUGAAAGGACAUAAGCUAUUUUAAUACCAUGUUACCAUGUGGGAAAUCUUUAUUCAAAUCACCCAUUUGUGAUUGAUUUGUGUUUCAUAUUUUUGAGAAAUGAGUUGAAUUGUGUUUGUACACAGUGAUCAUGGCAAAAUUAUUGGUCAUUUUAGACCAUGCUUGAAUGGCUAUUUGUAAAGAUGUUCUGUUGUAUAUUUUGUACAUAUUGUUCCUAGUUUGUACUCUUGCUAGCUUGCAGAUUGUUGAAUAUGUAAAAUGAAUUACUGUGUUGUAUCAUAUUCAAUAAGCUGCUCUAAAGGCUGCAACUACGUGCUCCAAGAUUUUUUUCUGUAAAUAGAGGUUUAAAAAGUGUAUUGUAAACUGACAGCAUCCUCUUCUGUACAUAUUGUAAAUGUUUACAGUUACGAUAUAGAGUGCCACUAUUAAAACAUGUUCUAUCUAUAGCA